CUGACUCGCGACUGAUGAUGAUUUUCUCAAAGAGCCUCGCGAUCGGGAAGGACGCACUGUCCCCCCAUACUUAUCAGUCUGAACACUUGCAAAUAUAUAUAGGAAUUAACUUUUUUCCUUUGCUCACACAGACGGGCACGUAGUGGCGGUUAGGAGAUGGUUUUGCAGCAUUCGCCCAGCUAGCGACGAGCGUUUGUUCUUUGAUAACAUCAGCGAGCUGCAGUCCCUGUAUACUGAACUGACUUCUGACAACAAUAAACACACGCAUCACAAAGACACGGGUACUCAAGUUGAAUAUGGACUACGAAAGACCCAACGUAGAGACCAUCAAGUGUGUUGUUGUUGGAGACAAUGCCGUGGGGAAGACUCGCCUUAUUUGUGCCCGGGCCUGCAACACUACUCUGACCCAGUACCAACUGUUGGCCACCCAUGUACCCACCGUCUGGGCCAUCGACCAGUACAGAGUCUGUCAAGAGGUCUUAGAACGUUCCAGAGACGUUGUGGAUGAUGUAAGUGUGUCCCUCCGGCUAUGGGACACCUUUGGAGAUCAUCACAAAGACAGACGCUUCGCCUAUGGGAGGUCUGACGUCGUGGUUCUCUGCUUUUCCAUCGCCAAUCCCAACUCCCUACACCAUGUUAAAACCAUGUGGUACCUCGAGAUCAAGCACUUCUGUCCACGCACACCUGUCAUCUUGGUCGGUUGCCAGUUGGACUUGCGCUACGCUGACCUGGAAGCAGUCAAUCGAGCUAGGCGACCAUUAUCAAGACCAAUUAAACCAGGAGAUAUUUUGCCUCCAGAGAGUGGAAGGGAGGUUGCCAAAGAGCUUGGCAUCCCAUACUAUGAGACAAGCGUUUUCGACCAGUUUGGCAUCAAGGAUAUCUUUGAUAAUGCCAUCCGAGCUGCCCUCAUCUCCAGACGUCACCUACAAUUCUGGAAGUCCCACCUGAGGAAGGUCCAAAAGCCACUGCUACAGGCACCAUUUUUGCCACCCAAAGCCCCUCCACCACUUAUUAAGAUCCCAGAGUGCCCAACCAAAAACAGGGAUGGUCCGAGGCAGCUUCUUGAGAGCCCCCUGUGCGUUGAUGUUAUGUUUGUCAUUCAGGAACACAUCCAAUUGUUCGCCCACAGGAUCUACCUGUCUACCUCAUCCUCCAAAUUCUUCGACCUCUUUCAGAUGGACUUCUCCGAUGAGUCCCAGUGCGUGGUGGUAACUGAGCGUCACGGGCGGGAUCAACUGAUGCGCACACUAAGCCUGGACACAGAAGAAGACGUCACCAUUCUCCCAAAUCUUUCGCCUUGCUCGCUCAGGGCAUCCAAGAGUGAUGGAACCCUCAAGAUGAUGAGUUUUAGUGGAAUGAACUGGUGCACCAAGCUGUCCCUGGCCUCUUGGAGCAAGGCCUUCCAUAGCAUCCACAUGGAGAACGUGAUCAACCCGGUCACGGGUGCGCCAGCUCUAAUGACUAUCGUCAAGAUGGAUCAUUCCAUCCACCACGGACCUUUCAGCGCUGUCCUACGCUUCCUCUACACUGGUGAGCUGGAUGAGAAGGAGAAGGACCUGAUGAAAAUCGCCCAGAUUGCAGAGAUCCUAGAAGUGUUUGAUCUUAGGAUGAUGGUGGAGAACAUCAUGAACAAUGAAAGCUUCAUGAAUCAAGAGAUCACAAAAGCAUUCCAUGUGAGAAAGGCCAACCGAAUCAAAGAGUGUCUCACCAAGAAUAACUUCACAGAUGUGGUGUUCAGGUUGGAUGAUGGCACCAUUAAUGCCCACAAACCACUGCUGAUCUCUAGCUGUGACUGGAUGGCUGCCUUAUUUGGGGGCUCUUUCAUGGAGAGUGCAAAUGACGAGGUCUCAUUCCCCAACACCAGCAAGGUAUGUAUGCAGGCAGUGCUGGAGUAUCUCUACACCAAUCAGCUAUCGCCCAUGGCAGACCUGGACCCAAUGGAGCUAAUCGCCCUGGCCAACAGACUGUGCCUUCCACGGCUCAUCGCCCUGACAGAGCAAUACGCUGUGAGCGAGUUAUUAAAAGCAUCUAAAGAUGGACAGGAUAUCGAUGGAGAGGUACUCACCUAUCUAGAGCUUGCUCAGUUCCAUAAUGCUAAUCAACUUGCUGCCUGGUGUUUACACCACAUCUGCACCCAUUACAACAGGAUAUGUGCCAAUUAUCGCAAAGAGAUCAAGGCAAAAUCAGCAGCAGAAAACCAGGAAUAUUUUGAGAAGCACCGCUGGCCUCCGGUCUGGUAUCUGAAAGAGGAAGAUCACUAUCAGCGGGUGAAGAAGGAGAGAGAGAAGGAGGAUGUGGUGUUGAAUAAACAUCACUCACGAUGGCGCUGGUGUUUCUGGAGCACGUCCCCUGCUGUUGCUUGAGUCUGUAACCUCUUGUUUUAUUUUAAAAGCUCUUAUUUUCUUUUUUUCUGUUUUGCUAGGAUAAAAACAGGCCACUAUAUGAGCUUUUGGUUUGAAGCACAAUCUCAAUGUCCAAUCAAUGCUGGCCAUCAAAUCUGUGGAAGUGACGUAGGCCUAUUUUGUUAUGGUGUAGUAUUUGUUUUAAUAAUAGAACUGAGGUGUUGGACUUAGUUGUGAUCUGACUGUGUUAGAAGCAUAAGAAUUACUUAAAACACUAAGAGGAUUAGGGAGUGAUUUCUCUUUUCUUUCCUUUUUCACUUAGGUGCUAUAUAGUGUAUAUUUGCUUUAACACAUUUGAAACUGUGAAACGAAAUCAUCAAAGUGGAAAAUGCUCAUUAUGCCACUAAUUCUGAGCACAUGCAUUCAUUUGCAAAAUUUGCAAUGAACAAUUCAGAGUUCAGGCAAAUUUCGGGUAAUGUGGUAAGCUUGUUUAUUGGACAACCUGUGAGCAAAAAUUAAGAGCACUUGAGGAUUGGGCUCGCUGUAAAUUGUAAUAUAAUGGAUGUAGUUUGAUCAUUGUGAUUGUAAGAGCCUACAGCAUUUAGCCAUAAGUGUGAACAUCAGGAACAGGAAUGCAGUAGAUGGGUCAUUCCUCUUACGCAGCACAUUUUGAAAAAAAAAA